UUUCGCCGUUUACACAUCCAAGUCAAUGAGCAGCACCACGGAGAUGUCCGCCUUUUAGUCCUGUCUUCCAGGAAGAGAAUUAACCAACGCGUCGCCGAAAUGUAGAGCACAGCACCAACAGAAAACAAAGAACUUUCACGCGUUUAUGAUGAACAUGGUCAUAUAAUGGAUUGAUAACAAACCUUAAACGUAUUUAUUACGUGGCCUGUAACCCUCCCCAAGUCAGGGAGUCGGGUGUGGGUGUUUUUUCUGGUUUAUUUCAAAGAGGAGAACGGGAAAAGGAAAGUGGGAAGAGGAGAACUUCCUGAAUUUAGCGAGACAUGUCAGAAUCCCCAUCGCAGAUCAUAACCAAGCAGGAGAGGAGCUCAUUCAGUCCUUCCUCCGCGAGCCCCCUGCCAAACUCCACUUCCUCCCCUGUCCAUGCUCCCACAGCCAGGCCAGCCAGCCGAAUGGAGGACGAGCCUGCCAGGCUGCCCGUGCACCUGCGCCUGCAGCCGGUGUUCUGGAGCAGGGAGGACGUGGGCCAGUGGUUGCGCUGGGCCGAGAGGGAGUUUGCCCUGCGRCCCAACACCAGCGGCAGCUUCCAGAUGAACGGCAAGGCCCUGCUCCUCCUCACCAAGGAGGACUUCCGCUACCGGUCGCCCCACUCCGGGGACGUCCUGUACGAGCUGCUGCAGCACAUCCUGAAGCAGAGGAAGCCGCACGCCUCCUACCCCUCCGCCUACUUCCCCGGCAACUCCUUCCACCCUCUGCCAGAGGGAGCUCUCCAGCACCACAAACUGGAAGAAACGGUACGGCGGACACCACGCAGUACAGAGCUCCAACCCCAGCACCCACCCACCAUUGAGCUCCGACAUCGCUCCCGCUCGCCACACCACCCCGCUCCACGCCUCUCCCCCCUGGACCCCAACUACCCACGCCCUGGUGCCGAGGACCACCUCCAGACGUCCUCCCAGCUGCCCGACAGCAACCACCACCUGCCCGAGGACUUGUACACUCUGUCGGUGUCCCCGGCUGCCCCUAAUGGCCGCUGUGCCACGCCCCGCGAAGCCCCCUGCCCAGGCAGCCCCGGGUGCCAGGACGCUGCCCCCCCUCGUGUCAUCCAGCUCAUGCCCAGCGCCAYCAUGCACCCCCUGCUGCUYAGCCCAGGGCGAGGAGGUGKYGCUGGAGACUUCMGGCAYGGCCGUGGGGGGCCACCACUUCAGGCCCCCCAUGAAAAYGGGCGUGAGGGGAAGGGCCACAUCCAGCUGGYACUGGCCCACCACCAGCAGCACRCUCURCAUCAGCAGGARGAGGCGCUCUACAGGAACCACCACGUCAUYGUGCCCGUCUYGCCACCAGAGGARCAGGCAAUGCCCAUUGGACGGAUAGCAGACUGCAGGCUGCUAUGGGACUACGUCUACCAGCUCCUCUCAGACAGCCGGUACGAGAACUACAUCCGCUGGGAGGACACAGAGACCAAAGUCUUCCGCAUCAUGGACCCCAACGGCCUGGCUCGCCUGUGGGGGAACCACAAGAACAGGACCAAUAUGACGUACGAGAAGAUGUCACGAGCACUGAGACACUACUACAAACUGAACAUUAUCAGGAAAGAGCCAGGACAGAGACUCUUAUUCAGGUUCAUGAAAACCCCAGAUGAGAUUAUGAGUGGACAAACUGACAGGCUGGAGCACAUAGAGUCGGACACAGACGAUCAAAUCUACAUCAAAGAGGAAUGCUGAGGCCUCUGGGAAAUGGAGCCCACUAAAGCGAUGAACUACUACAGCCGCUGAUGCCUUUCGGAAAGCAGCUCGAACAAUCGUUUCAAACCAAGAGCGCCCGGACAUUCACUCUAUCCAAAACUCAGAGGAACUUGAUGGYGACGUCUCUAGAUUGCCUUUAAAACUUUAUAAGAUUUUCUUUCCAGACAAAUCUUAUCAUUUUUGUUCUGUCCUAAUGCAAGGAGUUCAAAGGACCUGGUGAAAAGUAUAUCUCAUAAGACAUUCCUUUUCCCUGAACUGCCACAGCAAAUCAAUMAUUUCAUGCUUGUCAUGUCAUACAUUGUUGAUUUUUCUUCCCCACAUGUGCAUUAAGUAUAAGAAAAUGUUGCAAUUUGUGCAAAUAAUGGGAGAGGUUGUGUAGCUGGAACAUUUUCACCACAGAAUAAAUCUUUUUGAUCAAUU